UGGGCGGUUUCGCCAUGGAAUCCAUGUUCCAAGACCUGUGGACCGGGCCUACAAUAUCGUUCAGUUCGCUGCAUACAUCAAGCCCCAGAUGGUACCAUUGGUGUGAGCCCCAGCCGUUUGUGCACCAGCGACAAACCUUCAGGUGUCCAAAAUUGCAUCAGGAAAGCGUGUCACCUUAGGUGGUUGGCGGAUCCGUGGUCACAAGUAAGUGGUUGAUUUGUCGAUCACUAACGCUAGUAAAUGUUUUCUAAAUCAUUUUUAUAAUGAUCUUCCAACGGUUCAAGUAGGGUAUUGCUCUAUUCCUACCAUCCUUUUUUUUAGUCGUAGCGGUUCAUAAUUGUUUUAGACAUGUUAACUCGUUCUCUUCCGAUUAUCUUUUCUGCUUUCACUGAGUACUUUGGUUUUUUAACGGGGCGGGGGUUGGGGUAAUUUAAAACGUUCCAAAUGUUGUUAUGCUAUAUAUAUGUUGAUGGAACAGGCCAUGGAUUUCUGUACGGUGUUACGGAGAUCUUUGCAUGUUCAUGUGAACUUUUCUGCUUCUGACUAGUUUCCGACGAAAAGUGGACACCGCAGGAAAAGCUUUAGUGGAAAACUUCACUCCACCCAUGUCACAGUUAUCAGCGGAAAGUGCUUCAUCUUGAUUUGACGUUGCCUUUAUUGAGCCGUGAAACUGCUAUGUGAAAAGAUAACAUUUUUGCCACACCGACAGAAGUACUUACCACAAGUGUAUACUUAUUGAAUAGAGGAAAAAUUAUUCUAUAAAACAGGGAGAUGAGUUGUUAUUUACAAUCACUUUCUGUCACUUUAGUGCCAUGGCCUUUGUGGUUUGGGAUAUAACCUAAGAAAAGUACGCUGUCCUGUCGAAGGGAAAUGCGCCCAGUGGAAGAGACCUGUUUCAAGAAAACCCUGCUUUAAAAGGCCUUGUUACUACUGGACCACUGGCGAAUGGGGCAGUGUAAGUGAAAGCCCUUCAUAUUCAACAAACAAGAUAUAAUGCUAAAAAUUAAAAUAUUUUCCGGUCCCAGCGUUAUCUCAGGAGGUAGGGCAAUGCAAGGAAUUCGAGUUGUUGGACGCCUGGUUCGAAUAUCUUAUGCUAACCAUCCUGUAAUUGACCUUACUCUCGAUUGGUCUGUGGAGUAAGAAGAUGUGGUUUUAACUCCUGCAGAGUCGGUAUUCAGGUUCUGAUAAAGACACGCCUUUGUCUCUCGAACAGGCAAACCUUAGCACCCCUCGGAUCAUCAUAUUUAUUGAAAUAACACCCGUACCUUCAGCAGGGUGCAUUAGUACAGAUUCUUUCACUAGUAAUUCACGUCUAAAUGCAUUUACAAUUGAAUGAAGUGGUAUUGUGACCCCUUUUUUUGUCCUCAACAGUGUUCUGCUGGGUGUGGUCUGGGAAAGCAAAGACGAACAGUGUCUUGUGUAAACAAGUUAAAUGGAAAAACCAGUAGCGCUUGUGACACAGGAUCAAAACCAGCGUUAUCUCGAAAGUGCAAAAUCAAGGAGUGCAGCAAAAUAGGUUUGUAUUGCAUGGGCACCAUUAGUAGUUCAUUUGCUGGAGAAUCCAUAAAGAGAUUCUUAACACUUUUUUCCUAAUUUUGGCCUCCUUUUACCCUAAAAUUUAAUUAUACAAUACAAUGGGUGAAGACUUCUUCUCAAACUCAUUAAUAAUUCAUAAAGAAAAUUGAAAGGAAAUGAAUGUUUAAUGAGUGUUUGGAUAUCGGAUGAAAAACUGCUCAUUUUUGCAUCCUUAAUUUCUCCUUCAAAAACUAUUUUGUUUGAGAAGAAAUAUCAAACAUUCGACACAGUGUUUCAUCACCAGAUGAAACACCUCGAAGUUCGUCAAAAAUAGUCCGCUACGCGUCGUAUUUUCAACCCUCUUCUCGGUGUUUCAUCUGGUGAUGAAACACUGCGUCUCAUGUUUGAUAUAUUACUUGCAAGUCUACAAAAUCAACGUUUCGUUAACCGAAAUGAAUGAUCUAGGUUGAUGGUCAUAGACACGUUUUAAAAUAACGGGUCACGAUGAAAAUUAACAUUGCGCAUCUGUGAUGGGAAAUUGUGACGUUGUUUUGUGAAAUUAUUAAAGUGGUCUGAAAUGCGAUCACAACUGUACGGAUCAAUCUCAUGUAGCAUAGUCAAGAGACGUCUUUUCCUCAGAAUAAGUUGACAACACAAUGAACUCUAUGGUUUGCCGGGGCUCUAGACUGCGCAUGCGUUCAAAGGUUCUCUCGGAUUGGUCUUUCUUUCUGGACUAAUUGUGUUAGUCCUUUCAGUCUUUACCAUGCUUUGCCACCUUCAUAGCCACUAGUUAACGUUUGCCUCGGUCCACAUAAAACAAGUAUCACCGAAGCAGUGUUAAUUGCUUAAGAAAACCAACCGUAAAUGGCCAUUCAAGAUCAAACUUUGGGUGUCUGAUUUUACAGAUUUGGUGUCCGAGACCGUUUGCAACAAAGACAAAUACAACAGAAAGCAGUGUCAAACAAUAGUAAAGUAUAACCUCUGCACGACCAGAGUGUGGCUGGAACUUUGUUGCAAGACAUGUCAAGAUGCCAGGCGACUAUGA